AUGCCGCUCGCUGCUCCUCCCGGGGGCGCUCGUCCACCAGGCACAGCAUCCAAGCUAAAAGGCGCGCCUACCAACGCUGCCGGUCCAUCUAAACCCAACCCCAAACUCGUUCGCAUCCAGUCCACCGACAACAACAAUGACGAUCAAGAGACAACUACAGAUGACAGUAGCGACGAGGACGCUGCUUUCGAGAUGGAUGGUCAAGAGCUGUGGACACAAACCUACUGUCUCACUUGCGACUGCCUAAUCGAAGCAGGUGAGGCUAUCGCCAAAGCUGGUAGCUCAACUCAACCCGCUCAUCCACCUGCAUCACACACCACACUCAAGAGUCGCUCCGGCACUAUCAAGCCUCGUGCCUCCAACACUUCCGAUGAUGCUAAACCCCCCUCCGAGAAAGGCUCGCCUACCGCUCCUAAGAAUCCACCUGGCCCUCUCAAGAGGACGCACUCUGCCGGUCGUCUUCAUGCCAAGGCCAGCGCUGGUCCCAUCGGUCCACACAAGCGCACUGGCAGUGCUGGUAGCCGGCUUCACGCGCUAAGCGAGCUUCGACCGACUACCAAACUCCACGAUGAUGGCAAAGCAAAGGGCAAGGAUAAAGCAUCCACUCGCCAGGCUACAGGCCACCAUGGUCGCAAGAGCCCAGCAGCUUCCCGACCAGGCUCAGCAGCCAGCAAUCGAUCUCGCUCCAACAGCAGUGGUCCAUCUUCCUUCAAGUCGAACGAAGCCACCGUCCCUCUCAAUCACAACCAGAGUGCUGACGGAUCAUCACGCAACAGAAACCGAGGCUUCCUUGGCGGUCUCGGUCUCACUCCGGCGGCAUUGAAGCAACAAGAGGCCGAGCUCGCUGCCAAGCGCAAAGCACCCACACCACUCUACUGCUCAGAGCGAUGUCGUUUGAUCGAUGAGCGACGUUCUUCUGGUCUGCGCGAGCUAGCGCAGUACCUCUCACAGCCACUUGUGCCUACACCCAGCACAGCCUGGGUGCCAACCGCUCCUCCCACAUGGACAAGAUCCGCAAGCGUAUCAUCAAUACCCACGCCUAUCAUGGCCAACACUCCCGAGAGCGAGUGUUCCUGCCCUGAAUGCAUGGACAAGUAUGCUGAUGGUUGCAGCGCCAGUGGAGCUGGCAUCCCGAGUGGCGCGAGUGACACCGCUACCGAGAGCUCCAGUAGCUACAUCUACCUUCGCGGCGCCGCCCAGAAGCCACGCACCGCCAGUGGAAGACUCAUCACUCCCCUGGGUUUCCAUGCUCCCGGCGCCGGUACCGAAGGCUACUUUCCUCAGUUUGCCCCUCCUCAUGGCAUGACCUCCGCCGGAAUCAACAGCCCUAGAGUCCGAGCGGCGGAUCUUGGUCAAACUACAGACUCGAGUCGAUACACGUCUGCCGUGCCGCCUCGCUCAUCGUCUGCUGCAAGCGGUGGACGUGCAAGCACUUCGGGUACCGAAGGCAGUAUUCUCAGUUCUGAAAGCAGCGGUAGUCUCUGGGAGCCAAGGCUCAAGCCUCGAUCCAACUCGAGCACAAGGAACGCCAAUGGCGCUCAGAGCACUCUUCGCAAUACGCACGGUGCAGAUGACAAUGCUACUACUGGCACAAGCUCUGGACUCUCGACAAAUACUGCAACCCCCGCUAUCACACCGAGACAAUCGAUGAUCGUCACUUGGUCUUCUGGCUCGCAAAACACUGUCAGAGCAUCUCACCGCCUGUCGGUGCCUGGAUUUACUCCCACGCAUCAAGUCGACGAGGAAGCACAACAGCAUCCAGAGGCCAAUCGCGCCAUUUCGCCCGCCGCAACAUUGCCGCACCGUCCUGGCUCGAGCGCCAACAAGAGGUCUUCGCUUCUGAUGGCUACAAGCCCUCUCAAGCUGCUCGACAAGGGCAGUCAGCACCACGCCGCACCUUCUGUUGACCUCUUUGCUGAUCAUGUCGGCAGUCCCAGCACUCGAGGCUCGCUGCUGUCUCGCAGUCUCGCAAGUGAACACACUUUGAUGGGCGCUAGCGGCAUCACACUGACCAACCAGCAAGCACCACCACCCACUUUGAGCUCGAUGCACGCUCCUUCGCAUUUUGACGACGCUCAGUCUCCGCGACUCUCUUCUCACGAUCAAGCUUCCGCAAGGCGGCAAUCUGCCCUAUCGCCGAGCUACUCAGAUCCUACCCAGCUUCAGCAGCAGCACGCUUCCCACUCUAAUGACAGCGACGAUGGCCUCAGCAUGACAGUCGGUAGCUUGAAGCUCGCCCAGUCUCGUGCUGGGACGCUCACCUCGCGACGCGGCACUGACAUCUCCGAAACAAGGCCAACCGACUUGCGCCGAUUGUCGCUGUUUGGUGUCGCAGCUGCUCCUGCUCGACGCAACUCGAAUGCUGUCUCCAUCUCGAGCUCCAACUCUGGUUCGAACACGAGCGGUUGGCUUCGGUCUUUGUCUUCGGCUUGGCUCAACUGGCGCUCGACCGCUUCGCCUGCUACAAUGCAAGCCAGCGACUCCGACGUCUUCCACUCCACCGAUGACAGUGAUGAAUCGCCUUCGCGUGGCUCUGGACAGAUUGCACGUCGUGAGAGCAGCGCUUCUGGAGCCAGCAGCAGCAACGAGCUGCUCUAUGCUCAGAGGCGUGCUGCCUCGGUAAGGGACCUCAACAUGGCCAGUUCUCUAGGUCAGAACAGCAGCACUCUUCAUCCGGCCGAGAUGUCGCGAGAUCCCUUAGGAGGCCGCAGUGCAGGCAUCACUCCUACGCAGAGCCUCGUUGCCAAGCCUACCAUUCGACGUGGACAUGUACCAGCCUAUGUUCGCGAGAUUGGUCAGGGUGGCAUUCCUGGUGACUCUUCGCCUGCUGGUGCCAAGGCUGAGAAGGCUGGUGGUGGUGCAGGAGCGAUUCAUGAUCCAGCACAUAGACUUGCACGCGCUCGUGUCAAUAGUCUUACGAGGAUCGCGGAUGCGGAAGCUCAGGCACAAGCGCAGAGGAAGGCUAACAGGAGAAGAAGCCGUGAUAUUUCGGUCCUGCCGCCGUUGCUUGCGCCCAUCAGCCGUUCUGGUAGCAGCACCAAUCUGUACAAUCAGAUACCCAGGAGCGCACGUGCUUACUCGACUGGCCGAACUUGGACUGCAGCCAACACUGCGCAGACGUAUGUUGGCAGUGCCGGCUCCUCGCAUCAUCACCAACAACAGCCAAGUGGCCCGCAUCCGCCACCGUCGCCAACACUGAUGCGAAGUCCAUACAACAGCAGCUUUGCUCUUGCUCAGGAUGCUGCUCGUGCUGCUUUGACUCCUUCCAGGCCCAACAGUGCUGCUGGAUAUCACACCCUGUAUGGCAGUGCGGGCACAUCACCUCGAGCUAAAGGUCUCGGGUGGGGUGCAAUGACUUCGAUCGCUUCUCCUCCUGCUUCGUCUGCUACGUCGGCGUUCCCUCACCAUCACGCCCACUCUCACGGCCAUGGUCAUGGGCAGCAUCGACAGAGUAUCAGUUAUGGACACGCUGCUGCACUCACUAGUCGUCAGGUUGUUGCUCAGGCACACAAGCAUCAGCAUCAUGCCCAUCACCCUCACCACGGUCAUCACCAGCACCAACACCAGCACCAGCACGCGCCGCAGCCUCCAACCCCGAAUGGUCGAGGCACCAACGAUGCUGUGGCGGGACACAUGAUGAACCUCGGUGCGCCUCCCAACAGCACCACUGCGCCUGCAUACGGUCGCCAUUCAACCAUGCCCACCCUCCACCGCAGUCCCACGCCUUCUGUUCCGGAAGAUGGAGGAGAAAUGUCAUCCCAAGCCUUAACUUCCGGUGACUUUGUUUCUCGACCCAACUCUGCAAUGGCUGGACGUCGACACCAUCGAACAUCGCUCAUGCCUCCUCCUCGUUCCCGCUCUUCACUUGGAAUGCACUCCAUUCAACCUCUUACCCCCUCUGCUCCCCUCCAGCAAGAUGAAGGCGAAGUAGAGGGAGAGGAGGAGAGGUCGGAAGCUGCAGGUGCGGGUGCGGGUAGGACGUGGAGUUAUGAUGGAUUAUCAGCUCUUAAAACCUACCCGAUUUUGCAAUUGCCGGAUAGGGAAACGCACGAUGUAUACGAUCCUGCUUGGGGGUUGGGCGAUGGUGGAUUAGCUAAACAUCUGAAUCAGGAGGUCAAGGAUGAUGAAAGCGUGCCGAGGAGUGGUGAGGUGGCGCAAGGGGAGGGGGAUGGAGGAAAGGUUCAGGUUGGAUUUCCUCCUCGUCAACCACCAGCGCAGGUUCAAGGGGGUGGACACCGGAAGAAGUUAUUCUACUUUGAUGCUUAA